GCCCCUCUCUCCACCUCGUAACGCCAGCCUCCUCGUACUUCCAUCGCCACCAUUAAACGCCCAUCUCUCCCAGUUUCAGAAUCCAUGACAUUACCAGCAUCUGUGUAGGCAACAGCCAAUCAUACCACAAGCCCUGCAACCACCUUGAAGUAGCGUUGCCUGAUCGGGCAUCUCACUCGUACUAUAUACAAAGUCGAGAUGACAACCGCUGAGGCGAAUGUCUCUGGGAAUGCUUCACAGAUACAUGAAGCAUCUCUCAACAUGGACACCACACCAGAAUCAUUGUCACCGGCACAGCAAGAAGCACAGCAUAUCCUAAAGCAUCUCCUCACCAAGCUGCAAGACCGGCAGUCGAAGUACCAUGCCCGGUUUGCAAAAUGGAUACUUCGACAUCCAAACUUGGUCCCUUUUAGCAUGGACUGCGUUCGUCCCCAAGUGUGGCACGCCCUCGAGAAGGGAACAGAUUACAACACCAUCAAAGCCGUAGCUGGCGACUUCCCCUGGCAAGCCCGCGGCAUCUACUUCGACGCCGUCCGCGGUGCCCCUUCUGACCCCCACACCCGCACCCGCUUGUACAUCGGGCAGUCGACCAACCUCCGCCUGCGCAUCUCCCAGCACAGCAAAUUCCGGUAUCGGCGCGACAAUCCCAGCUUGCACUAUCAUGCGCUGCAUAAGAGCGACGACAACGCGUACGGCACGCUGGUCGUGCUGCCGAGUAAGGAAAUGGGGGGGAUGCGGCUGCCGGGCAUGGAUGACGAGGGCCUACUACUCGAUGUCAUGGAGAUGUGGAUGUGUCUGGUAUUUCGGUGUCUUCAGAAAGAAACGCUAGAGACGUGGCUUCCGGGAGAUGUCGAGAGGCGAGGGAAGCUCGGGGGGUUGAAUGUUUGGGCGCCGGUGGAGAGGUAUGACCGAGGAGGCGAGAUGGUGCAUCUGAGGGCUUCGGAAGAUUGGCUUGUGGCGGAGUGGGGGGAGUUGAAGAGGGGCGAGUGGAAGGAGAGGGUGAUGAAGGAGUUGGAUCUAGAGGAGAGGAAAGAAGAGAAACAUGUUGGGCCGCUGGCGGUAGAGGGAGCACCGCCCUGGGUGUAUGCGGUUGGGGGUGCGAUUGGGGGUGCGGCAGUGAUGUGGAUUGUUUUGAGGCGUGUGGGGGGCAGGUGAAGUGACUGUUUUUCAUGAGGAUGACUUCUUAGCACAUC